CGCCCUCUUGGCAACCUCGAAAAAUCACGCUCCGACACAACGCAGGAAGGGAAAGAUGCUCAUUUCCUUGGCUCAUCCCUCCGAAAGGUCUGUACGGGACAGCCGGGAAACUAAUCCCUUUUUUUGCUUAACGUAACCUGAAAAAAGUUUAUUGCAUAAUUCAAAAGAACACUUAUCGUUUCCUCAUACGUGGUGUCACGCCGAUCCCCAUGAUCGUCGGCAACGAUAUGUCCGACAACGCGGGAUCUCCAAACAGCAACAAUAAUCUUCCAUCUUUUGGUUUCACCCAGGAGCAAGUCGCCUGCGUCUGUGAAGUCCUUCAGCAGUCUGGGAACAUAGACAGGCUGGGACGGUUUCUGUGGUCAUUGCCAGCAUGCGAACAGCUACAAAGGAAUGAGAGUGUUCUGAAGGCAAAAGCCUUGGUGGCCUACCAUCGUGGUAACUUCAAAGAACUCUACAGGAUUUUAGAGAGUCAUACCUUUACACAGAACUCCCACCCGAAAUUACAGGCCUUAUGGAUGAAGGCCCACUACAUAGAGGCCGAAAGGCAGAGGGGCAGGCCUCUGGGGGCCGUCGGGAAGUACAGGGUGAGGAGGAAGUUUCCUCUACCCCGGACGAUUUGGGAUGGGGAAGAAACCAGUUAUUGUUUCAAGGAGAAGUCCAGGAAUAUUUUGAGAGAGUGGUAUCACCACAAUCCUUAUCCAUCCCCAAGGGAAAAGAAGGAUCUGGCCGAUGCAACGGGUCUGACCACGACUCAAGUCAGUAAUUGGUUCAAGAAUAGGAGACAAAGAGAUAGAGCUGCAGAACAAAAAGACAGAGAUAUCAUGGGUGGAGAAGCGUGCAAAACAGGCGGGACUGCUAGCGAUUCUUUCAAUGAAGAUGGCGACUCGAAUAGCAGAAAGUCGCCUGAUGAUUCUCUGUACAGAAUCGAUGUGAAAACAGAAGCUAACCAUUCCUCAAGGGCCGAAGAUCAAGCCACUACAAGUCACCAACUUCAACAGCACCCCAAUCAACAGCAUCAACAGUUUCGGUUUUCCAACGUUCUAGACUCUCUGCCACACCACCUCGGUUCGCCUACUAUGAAUGAUUUAGAAAUGAGGAUGGUGGUGGGGGAUUACCAAAGUUUAUGACAUAUCUAGGGGAACUGUUCGACAGAGGAACGAAUAAGUAUGAAAAAAGAUUUUAAAGAAACUGUCCACAUGUGAAUAAAACAGUAUUCCUUGUUGACGCCACCUUUUAGAUUUGCUCAAAAAAUGGUCACACAUUAUUAUAUGUUGUUUGUCAGAUCAUUCUCAAUGUGAAUAUAUGUGUCUUUGAGUAUUUGUUUCGACGUCGUACACCUGCAAUAAAGGUUCGUAAUACAUGCCAUCAUAUGCUGCAUUCUCAAUGAAAAAAUCACCUUGUUCUGAAAUAAGGUGUCGAUCAAAACAAUAUAUUUUAGCAGGAUUUCUGAAAUGACUUGAAGAGGAAAUAAUUUUAGCAGCAUAUAUUUUGGUAAAAUUCGUCAAUAUUAGAAAGCAAAAAUUAUUAAUAAAACCAUCAAAAUUAUCAAAGAUAUCUACUAUCACUUUGGCGUCCGCUGAUACCAAAUUGUUAUUUUGUGUUGAACUAACGUUAAACAAUGCCGUAGAAAGUAAGAAAAUAAAAUCCGAUCGAGAUUUUGAUGGCAAAAGAAAUUUUCUCUUUCAAAGACAUGAAAGUGCUAAAUCUUUAAAAAAUAUAUUAUAAGAACAGACUUUAUAGAUGUUUGGAUUUAUUAAGACCGAAAUAUGACUUUAAAGAAGAGAAUCGAAUUAAUAAUUAUACUGCCACAGAUAUGAUGUUGAAAAGUCAAAACUAUUGCAACGAUGAAAGCAAACGGAUCAUUUCAAAAAUAAUUUAUUACUUUGUUAUUAAAUUUAAAAUAAAUAUUUAAAAAUUAUUAAGGAACCAGGAAAGGAUGGUCAUUAUAUGAUUAUUUCAUUUAAUAGUUAGUUGUUAAAAGAAAUUAAAACAAAUAUUAUAAGCAUAAUUUUAAUAAAAAAUAAAAGUUUUUUUUAAGUAUCCUCUGGUUUUUAAGGUUAAAGAAUUGGAAAUGAAUAAGAAUUCCUUAAACGGGUGAAAGAAAAUAAUUGAUAAAAAUUAAAAAGGUUGUCAUUAUAAUUGCAAAUGCUAGCGCAAAGAAAUGAAAGAAUAUAACAUUAGUAUGACGAAUACAUUUUGGAAAAUGCAAUUUUUUUUCAGUGAAAAAGAAAAAGAACCUGUUCGCAUAUCUAAAAUAUAAUAAGAAAAUCUGCAUUAUUGCUAAAUAGAUUGCUUAAAUAAAUUAUUAUGAAGAAAAUUUAACAAAUUCUAAGUUUAUCGAAGAUGUCAAGUAGUGGAAUCAUCCAAACGAAACAAAUUUAAAUACUCGUAAAAAACAAUUUUCACCUGUGCUUUUCAUGCCAAAAGAUAGAAAAAUUGGGAAAAACCGUCACAUGAUUUUAUUUAAAUGUGAAUGUGAUAAUGACUGUAUGGUUUGUGUAAAUUAUGUGAUAUAGAACGCUCAAACUUCGAACUUUUCGGUGAUCAAUGUAUGCGAUUUGUGUGUUUUGUUUCAAACGAGAAAGAAAAUGUACACAAAAGAACGAAGUUUUGCGGACAUAAUUUUUAGUGAAAAAAAAAGUGUUUUCCUUUUUCUAGUUAAUAUCUAUAAGUGUAUUGUUUUUUUGUUCGUUUUGACGAUAUGUCGAUAAAUUAUGACUUGAUA